CUCCCUAUUUUGUUGCAGUAUGUCUGCCCUUCAUGUUAUUACAAGAAGACACAAUCCAGCUCCUAUCAGGAUACAAAAGUUGCAUCUAUAACUCCUAUAAACCGCAGGAGGGGACUGACUCCGCGCGGAGACACGUUUGUGUCAUUCCCAUUCAGCAGCUGAGAAGAGGACAGCCUGGAAAAUGCCUGGACCAGCACUAGUGAGAGAUGUGCUCAGCCACCAAGCCAAGGCUUUCACAACCCUGGUAACUCUUCUGGAGGAAAGGGGCAUAAGGUGCAACAACAUAUACAUUGUGGAGGGAGUAUCAGGCAGCUGCAGCUUGUGCUACACCAGACCCCCUGCUACACUGGCUGAUCUGGAGCUGGAAUCAGAGGAGUCAGACACUGCAUCAAUAUCUUCUACAAGAUCACUUACACUGGCACAAAGGGCUUCAAGGAAUCGUCUUUCUAGAGUGGCAAAGUCAACGCUAUCACUUCUAACAGUGGAAGAAAAUAUUCUGGACCAUUUGUCUUUGGACCAUCAGUUUUCUAUGCAACUCAAAGACAGUAUAGAGUUCCGAAAUAUCUGCACACAUAUGGCCCUUCAGAGCGACGACCGGAGGUUUGAUCAAGAUCUGAAAUCAGCUCAGGAAUGUUUAACCACUAUUAUCACCAACAUGACCUGGGAUAUAACCAACAAGACUUGUGAAUUCUGUGAAACCGUCCAGGAGCAGCUAAAACACAUAUUAAAGAAACUCCGGGAAGACUAA